AUGGCUGUAUUAUAACAGAAUAUAUAUUAGUCGUUGAAAUACUUAUAAUAAUUUUGAAAAAAGCCAUACGUAAUUUUUGAACAAUUCAAUAAAAUUAUACGUAACUUUUUUUUACGCCGUUAUCAAUAGUAAACAAUAAUUUGUUACCGCUCUAUCAAAUAUAUUCGUUCCUUUGGAAUCAUCAACAAUAACUUUCGCGCAUGGAAUGUACUUUGUGCUACAAUCCUUUAGUGUUCCGAAUAAUUUAGAUAUUCGGUCAAUAGAGUAAAACACUUGAAAAAUUAAAAUCAAUUUUCACGCAAUCGUGAUGUAAUAAGAAUGUCUACAUAGGAGCAAUGCGCGCGCGCGCGCGCACUCGCGUAUGUAGGAUAUACGCAUGUAGUUUAUACGUAUGUAGCAAUAAUCCAAUGUUGGAUUUUUUUGCAACGAUUAGUGGAAUGCUAUAUAACCAAAAUAGAUAAAAUUGUUAAAUAUUACGGAUGAAAAUGAGUGGCGACAUGUUUGAAGGGAAAGAUUAUCCAACACAAUGGGCGUUAAAUCCUUCAGCAUAUCAAAAUAUGAGUAAUGAUCAAGUUGAUUGGGCUGCAUUAGCUCAGCAAUGGAUAAAAAUGAAAGAAACGGUUGUUCCACCUGCUCCACCACCGCCAUCAAUCGAUUCCCUUUGUCCAGGGAAUGAUAGUAGCGGUGAAGCACCUAUGGAUAUGGAUACCAAAGAAGACGAUAUCCCACCAGCACCACCAGCUCCCACAAUUAGUGGUUCUGAUGCUUGGGCUCAAUGGAGUCAAUGGGGACAUUGGAAUACUUCUAACUCUAGUACUGGAACUUGGGAGUGGACCGGUGUUCCACCUCCUGGAGUUACUAUAGGUCCUGAUGGAAAACCAGUAGGAGUACCUACAUUACCCAUCAUUCCACCUGGCCCAACGAUAUCGACUACAGAAUUUAAUGUACCACCUCCAGUAACGCCGUCAUUGUAUUCUUAUAAUUCUGCACCUCCGUCUGCACAACCUUAUAAUCAACAAGUCAGUAAUUUCUGGUCUGGCGAAUCUUCAACUGCAGUGCCUUCUCAGCCGUUACUUUAUAUGAAGGGUAUUAGGCAUACAAAUCGAAUACCACAUAUGAGACCUAUUGAUGCAGUAAGAUGUAGAAACAAUAGGGAAAAAACACCAGAAGAAGAUACAACCACUACUAUUGAUGCAGCAAAACGUCGUCAAUUGCCUGCAUGGAUUAGAGAAGGAUUAGAAAAAAUGGAAAGGGAAAAGCAAAAAGCAGUAGAACGAGAGAGACAAGAAAUAUUAAGAAAACAGGAAAUAGAAGCUCGUAAAAAGGCCGAGGAUGAGGCUCGUUUAGUUCUUAAUCCUUCGAAAAGUAAAUUUGAUUCAGAUUCGGAAAAAGAAGGAGAUCAAGAAUUCGAGACAAGUUCGACCGAACAAAAUAUUAACAAAAAGAAUUACGAACGUACGCCAGAUGUUAUUCUUCGUCCAAGAAAGUCGCGUUUUCGAGAUGCUGAUUCACCUGAGCCAAGUAUAGCCGCUGAUAAUAGUCCAACGCCUGUUUCUUGUAGUAUACCUGUUAUUGUCAAACGAUCGCAAGAGGAAAUUUUGCAGGAUGUGAUGUUGAAAGUUCGAAGAUCUCUAACAGAAAUUCUUUUGGAAGUAACAAAUGAAGAAAUUGGGGUAGUAUGCAGAGAGGUUUGGAAUCGCGCACGUGCCAAAGCCCCUGCAGGAGAGCACUCAGUCGCAUCCUUCAACAACACGGCCCCUCUUGCUCAGAUCACUCGAAAACUUGGUCUGGGCAUCUACGGCGACAGUAAUAGCGAAUCCGAGGAAGAACAGAAUGAGCAAGAACAACUUCAAAACAAUGAUAGUGAUGAAGAACUGAUGGAAACUUUGAGACGUCGGCAGCAGGCAUUCAAAAAGACAGAGAAGGAGAUAGAAGCACGUCUUGCGGCAGAAGAGGAAAACGAAGAUCAAUACAAUGUACAACAGGAUAAUCAUAUUGGUAAUACUAGCUGCAGAGAUACAGUUGAUGAGAAAGAAACGGUAAAUAUUCAAAGAGCAGCAUCUGAAAGUUUGUCGAGUGACGGACAAAGUCCACGAGAAGUAAAUGCCUCUGCGGAUGUGAUAAAAGCCGGUACUCCUUCAGCAUCAGUUAAUUCUGAAUCUAGUAAUUCUGAAUCUACGAGCUCUGAUACAAGUCAUAAUUCGACAAAGAAGAACAAAAAAUUAAGUAAAAAAAGCGAUCGAGAUCAAAGGAAACGAAAGUCUAAAAGUAGAAGUAAAUCAAGAAGCAAGAAAUCGAGAUCCCGUUCAUCGGAACGUACGCGAAAACGCUCGUCGAGAUCGAGAUCGGUAAAGUCCCGUAAGGGACGGCGUUCAAGGUCGAGCAAUUACAGGUCCAGUAGAAAGCGCAGAUCGAAAUCACGAAAUCGAAAGCGAUUAAGAUCUCGAUCCAGAAGCUGCCGAAGAUCUAGGUCUCUGUCAGGAUCAAGAAAAUGGUCCCGAUCGCGUUCUAACGGAAAAAAGAAGUCUCAUUCGCAUUCCAGAGAAAGAAGAAGUCGAUCACGUUCGAUAAGGCGUAGCAGAUCGCGUAUAAGGGUUAAACGAAAGUCCUCUUCAAGAAACAGAGAAAGAUCACGAUCCCGUUCGCGAGAUCGUCACAGAUCGCGAUCUUAUGUUUCUAGAAGUAGAAGGAGAAGUCAAUCUAGAUCUAGGGAUCGUAGAAGGUCGCAAUCAAAGUCGCAUCAAUGGAACACUCGUGAUGGUAAGAAGUCAUCGCAUCGAUUCAGGAAUUGAGCCUGUUCAACUUCAAGCAAAGCAUUUUCCACUGGCUUCCAGUUGGCUUCAAUAUGUCAUUCUGCCUCAGUCCAUCAGUGUAUACUACCAUGGUAGUUCUUUCGUUUUAAAUAUAUCACGUUCAGUCUCUCCCGAAGUGUAUAAGAAGGUAUGAUAUAAUAAAGAAUAACAUUUUCUUUUCAAAUAAA